AUGGCUGGAGAUGAAGUGUAUGACAAAGUUGAAGAUGUUGUGGGCUGCCACGUUGAAGAUGCUGUAACAUUCUGGGCACAGAAUGUCAGUAGAUGUCAUGACCUCUUGAAAUUAAGUUCUGCACUGGCAGAUGCUUGUCCUCGGGCAAAUGCAGUUUUUGGCAAACCUGAUUUUAGCAAGAUUUAUGGUGGCUGUUUUUCUGAAGACAGGUGUUGGUACAGAUGUAUAGUGCAGCAAGUGAUCAACAGUGAACAGUGUCAGAUAUUGUACAUUGACUAUGGAAAUUCUGAGGUUCUGAAUAGAUCUGACAUAGUUGAAAUUCCACCAAACUUGCAACGUCCAAGUGUUGCCAAGAAGUACAGACUCUGGGGACUGCAGAUACCAAGUGAUCAGAACUUAAACAUGUUUGACCAGGGGAAGAAGUUCUUGAGCAGCCUAGUCUUUGAAAAAAAAAUAAAAGUACGUCACAAAGCCAAGCAUGGAGAUGGUAUCGUUAUUGCCCAGGCAGAAUAUGGAAAAAUAGAUAUUGGAGAAGAGGUGGCCAAAGCAGGAUUUGCUGAAAAAUGCACAUCUCCAGGAAACACUAAAGGUGCAGAAGAGAAAAACAUUGAGGUCAUGCAAAACCAUUGGAAGAUGACAGCUUCGGUUCCGCUGUGGGUGAACAGAUCCAAUUGUGUGCUGUACAACAUCCCAAAGGGGCUCCUGAACCACGUAACUGCAAAGAGUCAGAAUUCUGGAAACCAUGUGUUUGCCCCAAAGGAAGAAAUGCUAACUUCUACCUCAGUGCCAGACACCAGCUUGGCAGAAAUAAAACCAGAUCAGAAGCUGUCCGAAGAGAGAGAAGCUCUCAGAAGGGAAAAUGUAAAUCUCUUGCAGAGGCAGAAGGAGCUAGAACUGAAGUUCAGCUGUGCAUUGUUGUUUGGAGUACAGAAGGAUGAAGGUGGUUGGGUUAAGACUUGUCUUGCCCUGGCACGGGGAGGUGCUGUCAGUGAGUGUCAGCACACAUUUCGUGGCUUAGACUGGACCCUGGCCCCCUUUGGUAGAGAGAGGGAAGUAUCCAGGAAAGCUGCUGAAACCCUGCGUACUUGCAUUAGAACAAAAAUAAGAAGUUUGGCUGAUAAGGUGAAGGAGUUAAAAAAAGUUAGGCACAGAAAUAAGAACAGUUGUUUUGGGGAGCAGCUUUCGCAAGCCAUAAAAGUAGUUACAGAAGGAUGUGUUACUGCUCCGUGUUCCUUGGAGAAGCUGCAGAAGAUUUGGGCAGAGUAUGACUUGGCUCAAGAGAGGAUUCAGUUAUGCAGAAAUGUGGUUGAAAGAGAUGAAUUGAUCACCAAGAGAGACAAAGUGCAGCAAAACUUGUAUUCAGCAGUGGAAGAGUUCAUUUUGGAAGUGGAUCAACUGCCCCUUUCUGGGCGCUCAAGAAUGUUACAGGAACUGUCUGCUUCUCUGACGAUGGUGGAUGGUCAAGGUUCUGAAGCCGAUGACUCUGAGGAGGUAUUUCAGCAGUUCUUUCUGUGGAAGAAUAUUAAAACGACGAAAUUAAUUUGCAUCAGAAAUGAUACAAACAUAGCUCUGCAAGUUCUUAUUGACUGCUUCAGUGGCAUCUUAAAGUGUUUUGACCUGGAGUCAGAAGCACCUUCAGAUUUACAGGAAGUCGUUGGCAAUGUGGAUGAAAUUCUUGAAAAGCUUGAGUUUGCUAUUUGUGAAGAACUGGAUACUGACUUUAAUGACCAUGACGAAGCAGAGAAGGGAAUAAUUAUGGGUGCUUACAAUAAAGUUAUGCAUAGCACUCGUCAGGAGCAAAGCAUGAUUGCUGUCAUACAGAACAGAUACUUGGCCAGUGUUGAGUUCAAAAAGCAGACUGAGGAAUGGCUGAACAGAAGACCUGAUAUUAGCAACCUUUUAUCGAUUAGGAAAACUCUGAAAAGCUUAAAGGCCCAGUUAAGGUGGAAGCUGGUUGAAAAGAACAACCUGGAGGAAUCUGAUGAUUACAGUGAGUUUGUGACAGGAAUAAAAGAAGAAAUAACUGCUCUGCGAAAUAGGGUUCUUCAGGAAGUAUCCAAGGAACAAGAAGAAUAUGGGAAGCUUACAUAUUUGGUACAGAAAUGGUUUCCUGAAUUACCACUUCUUUAUGCAGAAGCCGGAAUUCUAAGCUAUAUGAACUCUGGUGGGCUUCUGACACACAGCUUGGAGCGAGACCUUCUCGAUGCUGAACCCAUGAAGAAACUCAGCACGAAGCGACUUUCAGUGUGUUCAGAAAUCUGAGGCCAGAAGGUUCUUUUAAAGGGUUACUCUGUAGAUGUAAGCUCAGAAGCCAAAGUGAUAGAAAGAGUUGCCAAGUAUCACAGAGUCUGGGAUCAGCAGAAGGAGAAAUCUGGAUUAUUACAACUGUUGUUCCUUCUUUUCUCUAAGUCUGAUCCUUUGGUAUAUUUAAUGGUCCCAUACUACCCCGGAGCAAGUCUGGAAGCUGUACAGGCUGAUGCACCUUUAACUUCAGAAGAGGCAUUAAAAGUGAUGAAAGGAGUGGCCCAAGGUCUACAAACGUUGCGUGGAGCUAAUAUAGUACAUGGAUCUCUACAUGGAAAUAAUGUUUUUGCUGUGAAACGAAAACAAGGGAUCUUUGGAGACUUUGAUUUCACAAAAUCAGAGGAACAGCGUGCUGCUGCAAGCGCUAUGGUUGUCAGUACCCUGAGAUUAGUUUCUCCUGAACUGAGAAUGGGACAGCCCGCUUCUCCAGCCUCUGACAUGUAUGCUUAUGGCUGCCUUCUCUUCUGGCUUUGCGUGCAAAACCAGGAGUUUGGCAUAAAAGAAGAUGGAACACCUGAGGUGGAGGUGGUUGCCAUG